UGAGAGAAGACAUAGAGGCUGUCCCAGAGAGAGUGGGGCUGUUGUGCACACACAUCUCAGGCAAUCAUGGGUAACUGGGUGGAGAAUGAAGGACUGUCCAUCUUUGUUGUUCUUGUGUGGCUGGGGUUAAACGUCUUCCUCUUUUGGUGGUACUAUCUUGUGUAUGAUGUCCCACCAAAAUUCUUCUACACCAGAGUACUCCUCGGCCGUGCCUUGGCCCUGGCAAGAGCUCCUGCAGCUUGCCUGAAUUUCAAUUGCAUGCUGAUUCUGCUGCCAGUAUGUCGAAACUUGCUCUCCUUCCUCAGAGGAUCAAGUGCGUGCUGCUCUACCCGUAUCAGACGACAGCUGGACAGGAACCUCACCUUUCACAAAAUGGUGGCAUGGAUGAUCGCCCUUCAUACUGCGAUUCACACCAUCGCACACUUAUUCAACGUAGAGUGGAGUGUGCAAGCCCGUGUUGAAGAGAAAGGAACUCUGGCAGCUGCGCUGUCCAGCCUUGGUGAUAAACCACACGAAAGCUACGUCAACUUUUUUAGACAAACUAUUGGGAAUCCUGUGGGGGGCCUGUAUGUGGCUUUCACGUACUUGGCUGGUCUCACUGGCGUUAUCAUCACGCUGGCCCUCAUUCUAAUCAUCACAUCAUCCACCAAAACCAUCCGAAGGUCGUAUUUUGAAGUAUUUUGGUACACCCACCAUCUCUUUGUCAUCUUCUUCAUUGGCCUUGUCAUCCACGGUGCUGGGCGUAUUGUACGGGGCCAGACAGCUGAGAGUCUGGCUGAACAUAAUCCAGAGAUUUGCUACAAGAACUUCACUCACUGGGGGAAGGAAGGGGCUUGCCCAAUCCCCCAGUUUUCAGGGAAUCCUCCUAUGACAUGGAAGUGGGUAGUAGGUCCCAUGUUUCUGUACCUGUGUGAGCGGUUGGUGCGGUUUUGGAGGUCACAGCAGAAGGUUGUUAUCACAAAGGUGGUCAUUCAUCCCUUCAAGACAAUUGAGCUCCAGAUGAUGAAAAAAGGCUUCAGGAUGGAGGUUGGACAAUACAUUUUUGUCAAAUGUCCAGCUGUGUCUAAACUGGAAUGGCAUCCAUUUACAUUAACCUCUGCUCCAGAAGAGGAUUACUUCAGCAUUCAUGUCCGUAUUGUGGGAGACUGGACAGAGGGCUUGUUCAAUGCCUGUGGAUGUGAUAAACAAGAAUUCCAGGAGGCAUGGAAGCUGCCCAAGAUAGCUGUGGAUGGCCCCUUUGGAACAGCGAGUGAGGACGUGUUCAGUUAUGAAACUGUUAUGCUCGUGGGAGCUGGAAUAGGGGUCACCCCCUUUGCAUCUGUGCUCAAGUCUGUGUGGUACAAAUACUGCCACGAUGCGACCAACUUAAAACUCAAGAAGAUUUAUUUUUACUGGCUUUGCAGGGACACUCAUGCCUUUGAAUGGUUUGCUGACCUCUUGCAGUCUCUGGAGGCCCAAAUGCAGGAGAGGAAUAACGCAGAUUUUCUCAGCUAUAACAUCUACCUUACAGGCUGGGAUGAAACUCAGGCCACUCACUUCGUGGUGCAUCAUGAAGAAGAAAAAGAUGUGAUUACAGGCCUUAAACAAAAAACCUUGUAUGGAAGACCUAACUGGGAAAAUGAGUUCAAAACUAUUGCUGAGCGGCAUCCUGGCUCCAGAAUAGGUGUUUUUCUCUGUGGACCUGAGGGCCUAGCUGACACACUCAACAAGCAGAGCAUCAGCAACUCAGAAGCUGACCCACGAGGAGUACACUUCAUUUUUAACAAAGAAAAUUUCUAACUCCUAAGCACGUGGGAGUCAUUUCAGCACAAAGACUGGAUGUGUUUUUCUGUUUGGAUUCUGGGAGGGACGGCCCAGCUUCUAAUUUCAGCUACACUAACACAAAUCCCUUUGCUUCUUGGGAAUUACUUUGGCGCUGUGGUAGAGUAAAAGAGUCAAGUUUUACCUCAGGGAAGUUUGCACUGCCUUCCACGUGCUGGCUAUUUAGUAGAAAUCUAUUUUCUUUGUCUGUGUGAGGGGAUUUCCCCUCAAUUAACUGCCUUUAUCCUCCUAUUAUUCAUCAUGACUGCUGAACAGUCUGGGCUGCCAUACGCAUUUGGGAGCCAAUUCACACUGAUAAAGUUUAAUGCUAUUGAACAAUAAAACAUUCUAGCAUAA